AUGAGUGCUGCAUUGCUUCGCGGCGACAGCUGUUCCGGGCGAGAAAAGCCUGCUGCAAAAAGGGUAGAGAAAUGUCGUUCAAAGCGGCGAGCAAUGCUGACAGCCGACGACAAUUUCAAUUUGAUGUGCCUUUGUGCUGAUGCUUAUCAAUGGCCAUGCUCUGCGCAGUUUCUGUGCUGCAUCCAUGGCGAUGCUGAGGCAGGCGGGUCAGUUCUGAAGAGCUACGGUGCGGUUCGUAUCAAGACGACUUGGCAAGUCGCCUGGGAGUGUAAAGAGUUGGCCAUGGCUGCAUGGCAGGCUGCUGGCCACCCAAGUUCGACGGAGGAGUUCGAAGGGCCUGGCUCCGUGAAGAAUCGAGCGGAGCUGUUCCAUGGCAUCUAUGACGUAAAUGCUGGCGGAGAAACACGCUGCCGCGGCCAUCACACACGGUGGGCAGCCAUAAAUGUUCCUGGUGCCGCGCUUGGCCUCCUGCUGGAAGGAGGUGAUUGUCGAGGCAUUUCCUGA